AUGACACAUGUGCGAGGUAUAAGAAUAAAACGAUAUUACUCAUAUUGCUUCACCUAUCUUCUCAUCGGAUCUGCUUUCUAUCUUAUUAUAUUUCUUGCCAGAAAUUUUCAAUCGUGGACAUGUUCGAUAACAGCCUAUGACAACCAGACAAUUGAUUAUUAUGAUGAAUGGCAAUAUAGGAGUAGCCUUACUGGAAAAUGGUACCAAUGGCACGUAAGUUCAAAUAGUGAACAGAAUGAUGUUGCAUGGCAGGCGAAAUGGUUCAAUGGAGAACCAGAUUCCUAUCUGGGACUUAUUGUGUAUUUAACGAGACAUGGAGAAAUCGAUUCACUUCGAACAUCUCUCACUCAAUUAGCAAAGUUAUUAGUAGAUCAUCCUCGACCUGUCGCUAUCUUCCACGAAGGUGAUUUCAAUGAUAAUGCUACCCAACAUUCUCUAGCACAAAUACUUGCUCCACAUAUGCCGUUGUGCUUCGAGAACAUUCAUUUCGCGAACAGUUCAAAACGGCCUCGGUCAGUUCAUCGGACAAUUCACGCGGCCUACUAUCACAUGUGUCGAUUUUUUUCAUCGAUGAUUCUGUAUCAUCCGCUUGUAAAACAAUUUCAAUACUAUUGGCGACUCGAUGCACACUCGUUCAUAUUUGCGCCAACACCAAUCAAAGAUCCCUUCGAAAUUAUGCAAAACCAGCGUAUCCAAUAUGCGUUUAUUAUGGCUAACGAAGAUGCCGAACGUUAUACUACUAAACUAUGGUCAGUCUUUCAACAAUUUCUUCGUCAACGUUGCCUCCGAUCAUCACCAGCUGUCUACAAAACUCAAGUGGGAUGGUUUAGUGAUUACUCGUUGGCCAUGAUCUUUACAAAUUUUGCCAUAGCUAAUGUUUCUAUUUUCCGCGACCAUCAAUUGAUACGUGCUUGGUUACAAACGGUUGAUAAUCAUGGCGGAAUCUAUCGUUAUCGAUGGGGCGAUGCGCCUAUUCACACUUUAGCAUUGACACAAUUUCUUCCGCGACAAGACAUAGUUCGAUUGCGAUAUUUUGGAUAUAUGCAUCAACGUGAAUAUGUUUGUGCUUACGGAACUCACGGUGAAGCAUGUCGAAAACAAGUCGAAUCGUUUAUCAAAGAUCAAACAGUGAAAUAUCUCGAGUAUGAUGACGGAUGUUUUCCUUCACCGUUUUGGAAUCCUCUCUGUCGUUAUUAUCGUGAUAUACGCCUGUAA